GCCACCGUCCACGAGAACCCCGGGAACCAAGAGAAGUGUUUAUCUGCCGGCCAGUGCUGGAACAGGGCAAAAGAUGUCAAGGUGAAGCAAGAUGGAGGGAGGUCAAAGGUCAGGAUGCCUUGGAUUCCACCAGGAAAACUGUCCUGUCGAAGAAAUGAUCAGAGACAUCGAGUACAGCAUCAGUCAGAAAGUAGGGAUGUUGGAGAGGAGCAGGAAGAUGAGCUGGCUGCAGUAUCCAAGAACCUCAGUGUCCUACUCAGAGAGCAUCAUUUAAAGAAGUCAGAUUCUGGGGGUCAACACAGAGACACAGAUGUGCUCCUGAGGGCACUCGUGGAAGCAGAAAUCGACGGUGUAGCAGUAGCUAAUCAGCUGACAGCUUUGAAGGAAACUACUGACAGCCUCGCUAAGGACAAGCAGCUGUCAAAGUUGCACGCAGCUGCACUGGGUCGACAGCAGGGGUUGUUGUUAGAGAAGAUAGAGAUGUUUGACCACACGAACCGCAGCCUUCGAGAUCUCCUCAGAGAGUGGAGCGAACAUGAGAGAGAGUCACUGGUGUUGUCAGAACAGAAAGAAGCCUUGAAGAGGAGACUGAUCGACACCGAAGCAGAGAACAUUCGACUUCUGGCCAAACUCACCAACAAGGAGAAAGAGGCAUCUAAGCUUGCUGAGCAUUUGGACUUUGAAAAGGACAAUGUGAAAACCACGAAGGAGCUUUCAAGAAUCUUUGAGUCAACUCGUGACCAUCUGGAGUCUCAGCUCAACAGAGCAGAAGCUGAAAAGACUCAUCUGGCUGCUCACAUUCAGAGGAUGCAGCAGAGCCACGAGCAGCUGCACCAGGAGCUCCAGGCUCUGCAGGAGGAACUACAAACUCUAAGGCAGCGGAGGGAGGAGAAGGAGCAGGGGCGACAAGACCAGGAAGCUGUGGCCCAGCUGACCCAGCAGGCUGAGCGAGCCGAGGAGUCGGUCAGACAGCUCGCAGAAAAACUUCAGGAGAAGGAAAUCCAAUUGGCUGAAGCUCUGUCCACAUCCAGCGACUGGUGCCGCAGACACACUAAAGAGGCAGCUGCUAGAACACAGCUGGAAGAGGAACUCUCCACUCAUAAACUGCAGGUGGCCGAGCUGAGCUCUCAGCUCCGUUCGGCGGAGGAGAAGAGUCGGGUUGAGAGGGAGGAGCUCAGGGAUCAGCUCCAUCACCUCAGCGCUGAACACGCCUCCGCCGAGCUGGACAACCAAAAACUCAAGAGUGAGCUGACGUCAUCUGAGGAGAAGCUCCGGGGGCUUCAGUCCGAAGCUCGUCAGCUGAAAUCAUCAAUCAGAAAGCAUGAAAACCAGGUGGAGAAAUACAAGAUGAAGGUCCAGCAGGCUCGUCUGGAAUCAGAGGAGUACUCUCUGAAACUGGAGAUGACACAGAAGGAGGUGUGGGAGGUGAAGGUGAGCCUGGAGAGGGAGAAAGAGCAGGUGAGGAGGGAGCUGCUGGGCCGGGUCCGAGAGCUCGAGACGCUGCCAGACAGACUGAGGAGGACCGAGCAGCAGCUCCGAGACGCCCAGCAGGAGGCCGAUGCUCAUGAGAGGAGGAACAUGGAGCACACCUCCGCCAUCUCUGAAGUCAGACUCAAGGUGGAACAGCAAGGCACACAGCUGGAGACGCUUCAGCAGAGAAACGUGCUGCUGCAGGAGGAGAACAACGUCCUCAAGGAGAAAAUUCACAACCUGGAGAGGAGGCUGGAGGACACAAAGGUAGAAAACAAAGAGAUGUUUCAGGCUCUCUCAUCAAAGGAAGCCAGUGUCUGCAGUGUUCAGCAGCAGCUGGAGGAGAAGAGCCGUGAGUGCAGUGUCCUGUCCAGACAGCUGCAGCAAGCUCUGGAUGAUGCACAGAGAGAGGUGAAUGACAACAUGCAGAGGGUUUUGUCCAAAGAGAGAGUGUCCCAGUCCAAAGCCUUGGACCUGCAGAGCCAGCUGAGCCGAGCCAAGACAGAGCUGAGUCAGCUACAGCGAAGCAAGGAUGAGAUGGAGCGUCAUUUCCAGAGUCAACUGCAGAACAUGAAAGACAGGCUGGAGCAGUCAGACUCCACAAACCGCAGCCUGCAGAACUAUGUUCAGUUUCUCAAAACAUCAUAUGGAAACGUGUUCUGUGACUCUUUGCUUGGAAGCUGACCAGCAUUCAUCCAUUUCCACAGCACUGUCUGUAAUUAAGUCUUUUUUUAAAUGAAAACAUGUUUGCUGUUGCCUUGAAUUUAAUAUAUUCAUUUGAAUAUAUAACUUUCCUGUAGAAUUCUUGGUUCUGAUGGAAUUUUUAAAAAUUGUCUUUCAUGUCUUUGAAUUUGACUUUCAUUCUUUUACUUUUUAGCAAAUGCAUACAUUUUGUUCUGACAGAACAUUCAAUAAACCCCUUAAUAAAAAAAGUUGCCCUACAGUCCUAGGUC